AUGUGUCUACUUUUGUUCACAUCUAUCUAUCUAUCUAUCUAUCUAUCUAUCUAUCUAUCUAUCUAUCUAUCUAUCUAUCUCAGUCUGUUCAUUACCUUUCUAUCUAUCUAUCUAUCUAUCUAUCUAUCUAUCUAUCUGUCUGUCUGUCUAUCUAUAUAUCUAUCUAUGUCUGUUUUGACCUCUCUAUAUAUCUUUUCUAUCUCAGUCUGUUUAUUUAAUCCUAUCUAUCUAUCUAUAUCUCAGUCUGACACAUCUAUUCUAUCACACACUAUCACAUAUAUAUAUCUAUCUAUCUAUCUCAGUCUGUUAUCCUUAUCUAUCUAUCUAUCUAUCUAUCUAUCUAUCUAUCUAUCUAUCUAUCUCAGCCUUUUCUUUUCUAUCUAUCUAUCUAUCUAUCUAUAUAUCAGUCAUAUCACAUCUUUUCUUUUCUAUCUAUCUAUCUAUCUAUCUCAGUCUUUUCUUUCUUUCUAUCUAUCUCAGUCUUUUUCUUUUCUUUUCUAUCUAUCUAUCUAUCUCAGUCUUUUCUUUUCUUUCUAUCUAUCUCAGUCUUUUCAUUUUCUUUCUAUCUAUCUAUCUAUCUCAUCUUAUCUUUAUCUAUCUAUCUAUCUAUCUAUCUCAGUCUUUUCUUUUCUUUCAUUAUCUAUCUAUCUAUCUCAUCCAUCUUUUUUUUCUGUUUCUAUCUAUCUAUCUAUCUCAGUCAUUUUUCUAUUUUUCUAUCUAUCUAUCUAUCUAUCUCAGUCUUUUCAUUACCUUUCAUCUAUCUAUCUAUCUAUUUUUCUUUCUAUUUUCAUCUAUCUAUCUAUCUCAGUCUUUUCUUUCUAUAUAUCUAUCUAUGUCUGUUUUUUUCUUUUCUAUCUAUCUUUCAUCUAUCUCCUUGUUUAUUUCUUCCUAUCUAUCAUCUAUCUAUCUCAGAGAAUAUCUAUCUAUCUAUCUCAUCUUUUCUUAUCUUUCUAUCUAUCUAUCUAUCUAUCUCAGUCUUUUCUUUCUAUCUAUCUAUCUAUCUAUCUCUUUCUAUCUAUCUAUCUAUCUAUCUAUCUAGUCUCAGUCAUUUUCUUUUCUAUCUAUCUAUCUAUCUAUCUCAGUCUGUUCAUUAUCUAUCUAUCUAUCUAUCUCAUCUUUAUUUCUUUCUAUCUAUCUCAUGUCUAUCUCAUCUUUCUUCUUUUUUUCUAUCUUUUCUAUCUAUCUCAGUCUUUUUCUUUUCUUGUUUCUUUCUAUCUAUCUAUCUCAGUGACUUUUCUUUUCACACACACACACAUCACACAUAUAUAUCUCAGUCUUUUUUUUCUUUUCAUUAUCUAUAUCUAUCUAUCUAGUCUUUUAUUUUCUUUCUAUCUAUCUAUCUUUCUCUUUCUUUUCUAUCUUUCUAUCUAUCUAUCUAUCUAUCUCAGUCUUUUCUUUUCUUUCUAUCUAUCUAUCUAUCUCAGUCUUUUCUUUUCUUUCUAUCUAUCUAUCUAUCUCAGUCUUUUCUUUUCUUUCUAUCUAUCUAUCUAUCUCAGUCUUUUCUUUUCUUUCUAUCUAUCUAUCUAUCUCAGUCUUUUCUUUUCUUUCUAUCUAUCUAUCUAUCUAUCUAUCUCAGUCUUUUCUUUUCUUUCUAUCUAUCUAUCUAUCUAUCUAUCUCAGUCUUUUCUUUUCUUUCUAUCUAUCUAUCUAUCUAUCUAUCUCAGUCUUUUCUUUUCUUUCAUCUAUCUAUCUAUAUCAGUCUUUUCUUUUUUCCUUUCUAUCUAUCUAUCUAUCUAUCUAUCUAUCUAUGUUUUGAGCUAUCUAUAUUCUCUCUCUUCAACUUUCCUUAACAAGGGUCGGAAAACCACGACCUACAUCCAGCCCGCGAAGGAUGUAGGCCGGACAAACCCGGUCUACAUCUUGCCCGAGAAGCGUAUUGAUCGAAAAACCCCGGUCUACAUCCAGCCAGCGAAGGAUGUAGAUCGGAUAACCCCGGACUAUAUCAUGCCCGCGAAGGAUGAAAGUCGGACAACCCCGGUCUACAUCCAGCCCGCGAAGGAUGUAGAUCGGACAACCCAGGUCUACAUCCAGCACGCGAAGGAUGCAAGUCGGACAACUCCGGCCUACAUCCAGCCCGAGAAGCGUAUUGAUUGA